UACCAAUAAUGCAGAUUCCCCUCUUGACCAUUUCCGAUCUCACAAAAGUAUUUCUGGAGAAUAUCUGCUAGAUCUAACCAAAAUCCUUUCUUGUUCUGGGGAGUUUGAGUUUUGAUUUCUCUUGCUUCCGUCCCUUUUCGAUAAGGAUACCAUGGCUUUUGUUGGAGAGGCUAUUCUCUCUUCUUUCUUUGACACCCUGUUCGACAAGUUAUCUUCGGUCCUGAUCGAUUAUACUCGCCAAGUGCAAGUUCAUGAUGAGCUCAACAAGUGGGAGAAAACACUGAAGAAAAUUAAUGCCGUGCUGGAGGAUGCGGAGGAGAAGCAGAUGGAAGAGAAGGUGGUGAAGAUAUGGCUGGACGACCUCAGUGACUUGGCUUAUGAUGUGGAGGACAUCCUGGACGACUUGGCCACUCAAGCUUUGGGGCGGCAGUUGAUGGUGGAAACUCAACCCAGCACUAGUAAGUUCCGGAGCCUUAUCCCUUCUUGUUGUACUAGUUUCACUCCAAGUGCUAUUAAGUUCAAUGUUGAGAUGAGGACCAAGAUAGAGAAUAUCACUGCCAGGUUGGAAAAUAUUUCUUCACGGAAAAAUAAUCUCCUUUCAACAGAAAAAAAUUCUGGGAAAAGGUCCGCCAAAACAAGAGAAAUACCACACACCACUUCUUUGGUAGAUGAACCUAUUGUUUAUGGAAGGGAAACAGAGAAAGCAGCCAUAGUCGACUCUUUGCUCCAUUAUCAUGAGCCAAGUGAUGAUGCAGUCCGUGUCAUUGCCAUAAUUGGCAUGGCAGGCGUGGGCAAAACUACUCUUGCUCAGUUUGCCUACAACCAUGAUGGAGUGAAGAGUCAUUUUGAUCUAAGAGUUUGGGUUUGCGUCUCUGAUGAGUUUGAUGUCGUGGGGGUAACCAGGACAAUUCUUCAGUCAGUUGCCUCUACCUCUAGGAAAUCCGAUGCCAAGGAUCUCAACCAGCUUCAAGUCCAACUGAAUGAUGAACUCUCUGGAAAAAAGUUUCUCCUUGUUUUAGACGACGUUUGGAGUCAGGAUUGUAAUAAAUGGAACCUUUUAUACAAGCCAAUGAGAACUGGAGCACAAGGCAGCAGGGUUAUUGUCACCACUCGUGAUCAAAGGGUUGUACCAGCUGUCAGAGCCAGCUCAGCUUAUCCCCUCGAGGUGUUAUCAAAUGACGAUUGCUUAUCUUUGUUUGCCCAGCAUGCAUUUAUACAUACCAGAAACUUUGAUAAUCAUCCACACUUGAGAGCUGUCGGCGAACGAAUUGUGAAAAAGUGCAGGGGGCUACCUUUGGCUGCAAAGGCCUUAGGAGGAAUGUUGCGCACACAACUAAAUCGUGAUGCAUGGGAGGAAAUACUCGGAAGCAAGAUAUGGGAGUUACCAAAAGAGAAUAACAGUAUUCUUCCAGCUCUCAAAUUGAGUUAUCAUCAUCUUCCUUCUCAUUUGAAGUGCUGCUUUGCUUACUGCUCUAUAUUUCCAAAGGACUACGAAUUCAAUGUGGAUGAAUUAGUCUUGCUGUGGAUGGGAGAGGGAUUCCUUCACCAAGUGAACAGAAAGAAGCAGAUGGAGGAGAUAGGCACCGCGUACUUUCAUGAAUUAUUAGCAAGGUCUUUUUUCCAACAAUCUAAUCAUCAUUCAUCACAAUUUGUGAUGCAUGAUCUUAUUCAUGAUCUUGCUCAAUUGGUUGCUGGAGACGUAUGUUUCAAUUUGGAGGACAAAUUGGAAAACGAUGACCAACAUGCUAUUUCUGCAAGAGCUCGUCAUUCAUGUUUCACUCGGCAAGAAUUUGAGGUUGUUGGAAAAUUUGAAGCCUUUGACAAAGCGAAGAAUCUACGCACAUUAAUAGCAGUACCAAUCACAAUGCCUCAAGAUUCAUUUACUUUGUCCGGAAAAAUAUCUAACCAGGUGUUACAUAACCUAAUAAUGCCAAUGAGAUACUUGCGGGUACUAUCUUUGACUGAUUAUAUCAUGGGAGAGCUACCAUGUUUGAUUGGUGAGUUAAUACAUCUGCGUUAUCUCAAUUUUUCCAACUCUAGGAUACAAAGUCUACCUAAUUCAGUGGGUCAUCUUUAUAAUUUACAAACGUUGAUAUUACGUGGUUGUCAUGAACUUACCGAAUUGCCUAUAGGGAUUGGAAAGCUGAAAAACCUUCGGCACCUUGAUAUUACACGUACAAGUCGACUACGAGAAAUGCCUUUCCAAUUUAGCAACCUCACAAAUUUGCAAGUGUUGACUAGGUUCAUUGUGAGCAAAAGUAGAGGGGUUGGAAUUGACGAACUCAAGAAUUGUUCGAACCUCCAAGGAGUGCUUUCUAUUUCUAGUUUGCAAGAGGUAGUGGAUGUUGGAGAGGCAAGAGCUCCUAAUUUAAAAGAUAAAAAAAAAAUUGAAGAGUUGACGAUGCAGUGGAGUAAUGAUUCUUGGGAUGUACGAAACGAUAUAUGUGAACUGCAUGUCUUGGAGUCCUUGCAGCCUCGUGAAAAUUUAAAAAGGCUCACAAUUGCAUUUUAUGGUGGAUCCAAAUUUCCAAGUUGGUUAGGAGAUCCCUCAUUCUCAGUAAUGGUGGAACUAACUCUCAAAAAUUGCCAAAAAUGCAUGUUAUUACCAAAUCUGGGUGGACUAUCGGUGCUCAAGGUUUUGUGUAUUGAAGGUAUGAGCCAAGUUAAAAGCAUAGGUGCUGAAUUUUAUGGAGAGAGUAUGAAUCCUUUUGCAUCUUUGAAGGAGUUGAGGUUUAAGGAUAUGCCAGAAUGGGAAAAUUGGUCUCAUUCUAAUUUCAUCAAGGAAAAUGUGGGAACAUUUCCCCAUCUUGAAAAGUUUUUUAUGAGGAAAUGUCCAAAACUGAUUGGGGAAUUGCCGAAAUGCCUGCAGUCCCUAGUAGAGCUUGAAGUGUUAGAAUGUCCGGGAUUGAUGUGUGGGCUUCCAAAACUUGCAUCUCUCCGUGAAUUAACUUUAAAAGAAUGCGAUGAGGCAGUGUUGGGAGGUGCUCAGUUUGAUCUUCCAUCCCUCGUUACUGUAAAUCUCAUCCAGAUUUCAAGAUUGACAUGUUUGAGGACCGGAUUUACUAGAUCCUUGGUAGCCUUGCAAGAAUUGCGGAUAUACAAUUGUGAUGGGCUGACAUGUUUGUGGGAGGAGCAAUGGCUGCCUUGCAAUCUUAAAAAAUUGGAAAUACGUGAUUGUGCUAAUCUGGAGAAGCUGUCGAAUGGAUUGCAAACUCUCACACGUCUUGAAGAGCUGGAGAUAUGGAGUUGCCCCAAACUAGAGUCAUUUCCUGAUUCGGGUUUCCCACCAAUGCUAAGACGCCUAGAGUUGUUCUAUUGUGAGGGUCUAAAAUCGCUGCCUCAUAACUACAGCUCGUGUCCGCUUGAAGUCUUGACGAUUGAGUGUUCUCCAUUUCUCAAAUGCUUCCCAAAUGGUGAGCUACCCACCACACUCAAGAACCUUCGUAUUAGAAAUUGUCUAAGUCUAGAGUCUCUACCAGAGGGGCUGAUGCACCACAAUUCAACCUCCAGCAGCAACACUUGUUGUCUUGAAACAUUGUUAAUAGAUAAUUGUUCCUCUCUCAAUUCCUUUCCAACAGGGGAGUUACCCUUCACUCUCAAGAAACUUUCUAUAACCAGAUGCACAAACUUGGAGUCAGUGUCAGAGAAAAUGUCACCCAACAGUACAGCCCUAGAGUAUUUACAACUUAUGGAGUAUCCAAAUCUGAAAAGCCUACAAGGAUGCCUUGACAGCCUUCGGAAGCUCGUCAUAAACGAUUGUGGAGGUCUGGAGUGCUUUCCAGAAAGAGGCUUGUCCAUCCCUAACCUCGAAUACCUUAAAAUUGAGGGAUGUGAGAAUCUUAAAUCUCUAACACAUCAAAUGAGAAACCUCAAAUCUCUGCGCAGCUUGACCAUAUCCGAAUGCCUAGGAUUGGAGUCCUUUCCGAAAGAGGGUUUGGCCCCUAACCUAGCAUCACUUGGGAUCAAUAACUGUAAGAAUCUGAAAACGCCCAUAUCUGAGUGGGGCUUCGACACCCUGACCACUCUUUCUCAUUUGAUUAUUAGGGAAAUGUUUCCAGAUAUGGUUUCCUUUCCGGUUAAAGAGAGUCGUCUUCUCUUUUCUCUCACCCGCCUUUAUAUCGAUGGAAUGGAAUCCUUAGCCUCCUUGGCUCUCUGCAACCUCAUCUCUCUUCGAUCCCUAGAUAUCUCAAAUUGCCCUAACCUCUGGUCCUUAGGGCCGCUUCCUGCAACACUUGAAGAACUUUUCAUCUCUGGUUGUCCUACCAUAGAAGAAAGAUACUUAAAAGAGGGAGGAGAAUAUUGGUCUAACGUCGCCCACAUCCCCUGCAUUUAUGAAGGCAUUCAAAGAUAUGACAUUGUAGAUUGGAUGCUGGAUGGAAUCAUAGAUGACUUGACCUUCCUUGAUUUCAACGAUUCAAAUUUUCUCAUCUAAAUUUUAAAAUUGUGAGAAUCUUCUUUUCUCAUCUAUCUUAUUUCCUUGUUCUCUAAAAUGUUUCUCUUUCUACAUGAUUAAAUCAUAUUUCCUUUUGCAUGGCACCCUUAAGCUAACAGACCUCAUAUUGUUGUAUGUAAGAAGUAUAGAAGAGGUAGAUGAAAUUCGAGUCAACACCCUUUAUUCACAUGCUAGUAUGUUGUUCUCAAUUAUUCAUUCGAUUGCAACAAUUUUAUUGUGGCUUAAGUUUGAUCUUAAGAAGAUUUCUGGUUGCACUUGCUUAGUUUAGUUCCAAUUGACCUGGUUUCUUCAUUCAAUAUUUCAAACACAUUUGCUUAUUUCUAUUCCAACAAUUUGAUGAAGCUGGUUUUUGUCCAUAGAAAUGGUACUGGCUUCUUAAUUUCUCAAAUAUUUAAAUUAACAUGUAAAUAUGAUUGACCUAAGAUUUUCACAUCCCUAUGUAGAGGGAAAAGCUAGGUUUUUAACACAUGAAUCAAUUUCAAAUUGGAUUUUAUUUUUCAAUCACAAAAAUGGAAGCGGAGACCAACCCAUUAAUAAGUUACUCCCAUAAUUCCAUUAACAUCAUAAUAAUAAUCUUAACUCCCUAAUUUUUCUGCACAUGUAGAAAGACAAAAGGUGCAUUUCAAAACUCAUCACAACUCAAGGUUUUUCCCUUUUUCUUUUUAUUUUUUUAAUAUUUUAAUUUUGUUCAUUAAUUUUUUCUUUUCCAUUUUUACGUUCAUUACCAAGGUUGAUCCUUGAUUGUUCAGGUGUUCCGUAAUUUAUGGAAAGGGGUUUGGCCCCAUUGUUUAGUUUGGGUUCAAUUGUGGGAAGCUUGAGACGCCUCUCUAUGAGUGGCACUGGUGCACCAGGCCUUUACGGAUAAAAAAUUCAUUCUGCUUGUUUCUCUAACUUCAGGUUAGCUUAAUUUUUGCUGAAAGUUUCUUCAAGUGCUAUUCAUCUUAAGUUGUGCUAAGCUUUGGUCCCUACUGCUGAAGAAAGAGCUGAACACAACACCUAGUGCUUGAAAUCCAGAAUUUUCCUGUUGUGAGACAAAAUUGCUUAAAAGAGAAAGGAGAAAGUUUGGAUCAGUAUUGCCUACAUCUCCAACAUUCAGCAACAUGACCUCAUUGGAAAUAUGAAUUUAAAUUGAGUUGUGUUAUUCCUACUCUAGAAGUUGAGAGAUGGAUCAUUCUUUCCUUCACCCAGGAGGGAGAAAAAUAAUGCAGUGGCAGACUAAGUUCCUAACAAAUGUAUGACGGUGGUAGGUGGUGGAAGCUCGAUGGAUUUGCCAUACCAUGACUUUUCUGCUAGUUGAUGGCAUAAAAAUGAAAGGAAUUUUGACGCUUUUGGCUCUCCAAGAAGAACUCAACUUAAGGACAUCAAUGUUGUGCUUUUACAUUUGUAGUCGCUGAAGCAAAAUCAACCAUCUUUGGUUUUGGUGCUUAGUGUAGAAUGUAAGAAAUGUGAAGCUUGUUUUCUCCUUAGACAUUAGUAGCAGAUGUUUCUAUAGGAUUUGGUUCUCUGGUAUGGUGAUUUGAACAUUUUUAUUUUCUUAAAAGUUGUAAUACCUUGAGUUUUUUUCCUUUCUUUUUAAAAAGAAAUUUGUGAGGAUACUAUAAUAUCCUUUUUACCAUAGAGGAUUAUUUCUAUACUGGCCCA